CGUUUUUUUUUAAUUUGAAAGUCAAAUUGGUGUGAUGUGGAUUGACAAUGUUGAAGAAAAAGCGCGUGAAACGACGGAGCUUGCGGGUGAAGAAAGCGGACCAUCGCGGCAACUCUCAUCUUUUUUUGGGGGCCAAGUUUCCUCGCCGCUGUUUUCCGGUUUCUCUAAUGAAGGAUAACGCAAAUUAUAUAGAAGACCAUGGCCAGACACAAAGUGGCGCCUCCUGCUGCGGCUUUUUUCCUCCUGCUCACAGUUUCAAACUUGGCGAGUUUUGCGGGCGCCCAGCAAAUGUGCGACUCGCGCGAGUACCAGAUGUGCAUCACGCUGGCCGACCCGUUGAUCCGCAACCCGAAACUCGUGUUUCCGGACACGAUGGCCGACAUCGACGAGGUUUGCCGCACGUGGGCCAAGUUCGUCGACUGCGUCAAGCGGUACACGGACCGCUGCUUUUCGCCCACGCGCCGCCUCCAGUUCAACCAGGCCGUCCAGCGCUCCGUCGACUCCGUCCACCAGAUGUGCACCCAGACACCCUAUCAGACGGAGUACCUGAGUCACGCGUCGUGCAUCAAGGCCACUUUGAAUUCAGAUUGCACUCGGCAGUACGGCCGACUGGCGGAUUUGGUGGCCAGCACGCGACCUGUGACCUCUCGAGUGCACAUUUGCUGCGCGCACCACGAGUUCCGCGAGUGCGUGAUCCGCGAGACGAAGCGUCGGUGCGACAGGGACAUUGCCGGACCCGCGUCCCGGUUCGCGCUGCACAUCCUGGACAAGGCCCUCAGCUUUUUGCACGAGGACUGCACAAAUUACAUACCCAUGACUGGAGAUUGUCCAACUGGUGACACACCCACGGACAAUCAGUACCAGAAUGACCUCGGCACCACACGGAAAUAUCCAACGCCGCGAGGAUUUUUGGAUGACCUCAAUGACAUUCGCCGUAACUAUCGGUAUUGGAGCGAGAGCAGCAGAGUUCCUUUUGGUCGAAGUUCCAGCAGAUUCCCGGAAGCGCCUCCGACACCGUCGACGACAGAACGGCCAGUUGAGUUUUCCAUGCCCGGAGACACGACCUCCUCCUCGGCUGCACCCUGGACGCCACCCCCAAACCCUGCAGACGUUUGGACUCCUGGAAAUGGUCAACUGAUUAAUGAGGUGCCGACGACAAAACGGCCCUUCUACCAGCCUUCGACGGAAGCGCCCUGGGGCCUCGGCGAGACCUCGACCCGCAUCUCCUGGGGUGACGACAAUGAGAACUACGUCCACAGCACCGUGUCCUGGUACCCUGAGGCGGCCAUCCACCACAACGGCAUCAUCGACGAGCCCAACCAACAGGGUUACAAGGGCGCCGCCUCGGCUUUGAAACCCGUCGGAGCCCUCUUGGUGUUGUCGAUGGCGCCGCUGGUCCUGCGCCGAUUGCUCAGCUGAAGAUCCGAAUUGGCUGCUGCAGAGAUGUAACCGCGCUCUCUUUUUGUACAAAUUGUGUAAUGUUAAUUAGUCUUACUGCUUCAUAAAUUGUCUAUGAAAUAAAUAUAUAAAUAUGAUUUCUAUAGCUGUA